GAGGAGAGUUUCCUCGUCUUUCUCGCUGCCCAGUCCAUCUGUACCUCUCUCCUGCUCCCAGCUGCCUCGAUCGGCCCCGACAACACGAUGGAGAGCGGCGGAAUACUGGCGGCGUGUCUUCUGUGCUGGAGCUGCGGCGUGUGCGCGGUCUCCGCCAUCCGGAGGGCCGACAUGUUCCCGUACGGCGCCCUGAGCGGGGAUCAGAUUUUGGCGGAGGGGGACGAUGAAACCUCCAGAGUGCUGCUCCUGCCCAGACCCUUGAACUUCUACGACUCCCGGUACUACCAGCUAUACGUGGCGACCAACGGCAUCAUAUCAGCCCAGGACCUGCCGAUGGAGAAGCAGUACGUUGACGACGGCUUCCCCACGGACUUCCCCGUGGUGGCUCCGUUUCUGGCCGACAUCGACACCAGCGGAGGGCGAGGGCAGAUUUACUACCGGGUGACGGAGACGCCCAGUGUUCUCAACAGAGUGGCCCAGGAAGUACACCGAGGGUUCCCGGAUGCAAAAUUCACGCCAACGCACGUCGUGGUCGCAACAUGGGAAGACGUUGCGGCAUAUGAAGAGCGAACUCGAACCGCCGGACCCUCGAACAAGGUCAAUACGUUCCAGGCCGUAAUUGGUUACGAUGAGACCGAUUCAUACGUUCUCUUCCUCUACCCUGAAGGUGGCCUUAACUUCUUUGGGACUCGCCCUAAGGAGUCUUAUAAUGUUGAGAUAGAGCUUCCUGCCAGAGUUGGCUUUAGUAGAGGAGAAAUCACAUAUCUGAUCUUCUCCCGGACCGACGGACCUCACUACAGCGUUACCAGCGAUGAGCAGAGUGUGAAAAACCUCUACCAGGUCGGGAAUACAGGAAUUCCAGGUAUUUGGCUUUUCCACACUGGGAACAGUUACUCUUUUGACAACAUUGUUCCUGCAUCCAUCGGUGGCCUCCUUGUUACCCCACCAGUUCGAGGACAUGGCCUCUCCCUGGACACCACCACAGCCGAGUAUGGUGAGUUUGAGGAAUACUCUGACAACCAGGAGGAAGAAGAGGAUUACCCUCUGACAGGCGGGGACCCCGAAUUCCAGACAGCCCUUGCUGGCGGUGACCCCUCAGAGUCCCUUCAACCAGCAAGCCCUGAUGCUCCCUCGUCCCCUUCGGAGGAUACUCGUCAUCAGGUGGCGUAUGGCACUGAAGAUGUGCCGUUGACCUCUGAACCCAGGUACAACUCAGAGCCAGCAGAGAGGCAGUAUGCACCCCCCAAUCCUCCAGAAAGAGCACCAGAGGGAGGUGGCCAGCAGACUCAGGAACAGCAACCACAGGUUCCCCUGGAGGUGGUGGAUGUCUACCCCCCUCACAGGAAUGAACCACCUCUUUCCCCUGGAGGUCACGUGGUCAGCGUGGACGAAGACGAUGUUGAUUUUGACACAGGAGUGAUUCAGUACACUACAGAGAAUAAGGAAACAUGUGCCAGAUUCCAACAGCAGUGUUCCCAGAAUGCAUUGUGCUCCGACUACGCCACAGGGUUCUGCUGUCACUGCCGGCCUGGCUUCUAUGGCAACGGACGCCACUGUCUACCCGAGGGUGCUCCACAGCGAGUUAGUGGUAAGGUGAGCGGAACAGUGACCGUGGGUUCGACUCCAAUGGAGCUGAACAACAUUGAUCUUCACGCCUACAUCGUGGUGGGCGAUGGCAGAGCGUACACUGCCAUCAGCGAGGUACCUGAGCCAGUGGGCUGGGCUCUGAUGCCACUCGCACCAAUAGGAGAGCUGUUUGGAUGGCUGUUUGCUCUGGAGCUGCCCAAUAGCCAAGCGGGAUUCAAAAUCACAGGUGCUGAGUUCACUCGUCGUGCAGAGGUGAUCUUCUACCCCGGCAACCAGCGCCUGUCAAUCAUCCAGACGGGCCACGGCCUCGACGACAACAAUCACCUCACUGUGGACACUGUAGUCAAUGGCAACGUGCCCUUCCUGCCCCCUGGAGCGGAAGUUACCAUGGAUCCCUUUAAAGAGAUCUACCAGUACUACCCAGCCGUCGCCACCUCCUCCUCCGUGAGGGAGUACUCAGUGGUUUCGGCCGAGCGCGGUGCCGAAUCCUUCUCCUUCCAGCUAAAGCAGAACAUCACAUAUCGCGACUGUCGACACGACAACCGCGCCGCCGUCCCGGAGACGCUGCAGAUCACCAUGGAGAGGGUGUUUUUGAUGUACGUCAAGGAGGAGCGGAUUCUGAGAUACGCCAUCACCAACAAGAUCAGCCCAGUCGGAGUCCAGCCAACGGAGCCUGAGCUGGUCAACCCCUGCUACGCCGGGAACCACGACUGCGACACCACGGCCCAGUGUAUCCCACUGGAGGGCCAGGACUUCCAGUGCCAGUGUGCGACUGGUUACAGAGGGGACGGACGCAAUUGUUACGACGUAGACGAGUGUGCGGAGAGCUUGAGCUCAUGUGGCGCUCACGCUCAGUGCGUGAACCUGCCCGGUAGCCACCGCUGCCAGUGCCAAGGUGGCUAUGAGUUUGGCUUCGACGGGCGUACCUGUGUUGAUGUAGAUGAAUGCAGCUCCUCUCCGUGUCACAGCAGUGCCAGAUGUAUCAAUGCACUGGGUUCCUUCCAGUGCCAGUGCCAGCCUGGGUUUCAUGGUGAUGGUUUCUACUGUUCCCAGCAGGAAGGACAAAUAGUUCGGCCGAGGAGCCAGUGCGAGCAGCACCGAGACAGCCUGCAGAGUGGGGGGGAACGAGCCGGUCGACCGAGUCUCGGAGCCUUCGUCCCUCAGUGCGACUCUGACGGACGCUACCGACCGCUGCAGUGUCACGGCUCCACUGGACAUUGUUGGUGUGUGGACAUUAGGGGGCAGGAGAGAGCAGCAACCAGGACGCCACCUGGGACGGCACCCAAAGACUGCGACAGACCAGAUGAACCAGAGCGUCCUAAAACUCACUGUGAGCACCACAGAGACAGUGUGCAGACCACCGACAGAGAGGGAUAUCCUGUUGUUGGAGCCUACGUACCUCAGUGUGAGGACAACGGACAGUACACUGCUUCACAGUGUCACGGCUCCACUGGACAUUGUUGGUGUGUGGACGGUAACGGACAGGAGAGAGCGGGAACAAGAACACCACCUGGUACAACGCAUACAGACUGCAGCAAACCAGAUGAACCAGAGCGUCCUAAAACUCACUGUGAGCACCAUAGAGACAGUGUGCAGACCACCGACAGAGAGGGAUAUCCUGUUGUUGGAGCCUACGUACCUCAGUGUGAGGAUAACGGACAGUACACUGCUUCACAGUGUCACGGCUCCACUGGACAUUGUUGGUGUGUGGACGGUAACGGACAGGAGAGAGCUGGAACAAGAACACCACCUGGUACAACGCAUACAGACUGCAGCAAACCAGAUGAACCAGAGCGUCCUAAAACUCACUGUGAGCACCAUAGAGACAGUGUGCAGACCACCGACAGAGAGGGAUAUCCUGUUGUUGGAGCCUACGUACCUCAGUGUGAGGAUAACGGACAGUACACUGCUUCACAGUGUCACGGCUCCACUGGACAUUGUUGGUGUGUGGACGGUAACGGACAGGAGAGAGCGGGAACAAGAACACCACCUGGUACAACGCAUACAGACUGCAGCAAACCAGAUGAACCAGAGCGUCCUAAAACUCACUGUGAGCACCAUAGAGACAGUGUGCAGACCACCGACAGAGAGGGAUAUCCUGUUGUUGGAGCCUACGUACCUCAGUGUGAGGAUAACGGACAGUACACUGCUUCACAGUGUCACGGCUCCACUGGACAUUGUUGGUGUGUGGACGGUAACGGACAGGAGAGAGCGGGAACAAGAACACCACCUGGUACAACGCAUACAGACUGCAGCAAACCAGAUGAACCAGAGCGUCCUAAAACUCACUGUGAGCACCACAGAGACAGUGUGCAGACCACCGACAGAGAGGGAUAUCCUGUUGUUGGAGCCUACGUACCUCAGUGUGAGGAUAACGGACAGUACACAUCAUUACAAUGUCACGGCUCCACUGGGCAUUGUUGGUGUGUGGAUGUUAGGGGGCAGGAGAGAGCAGGAACCAGGACUCCACCUGGUACACCCCCUAAAGACUGUGACAGACCAGAUGAACCAGAGCGUCCUAAAACUCACUGCCAGCACCACAGAGACCGGGUGCACACCUCUAGUCCAGAGGGACAUCCUGUUGUUGGAGCCUACAUACCUCAGUGUGAUGCAGGAGGACAGUACAUUCCACUGCAGUGUCAUGGCUCCACUGGACAUUGCUGGUGUGUGGACAAUAGGGGACAAGAGAGGACAGGAACCAGGACUCCACCUGGUGCACCACCAACAGACUGUGACAAACCAGAUGAACCAGAGCGUCCUAAAACUCACUGUGAGCACCACAGAGACAGUGUGCAGACCACCGGUCCAGAGGGAUAUCCUGUUGUUGGAGCCUACGUACCUCAGUGUGAGGACAACGGACAGUACACAUCAUUGCAGUGUCACGGCUCCACCGGACAUUGUUGGUGUGUGGAGAGUGGGGGACAGGAGAGAACAGGAACCAGGACUCCACCUGGUACACCACCCAAAGACUGUGACAAACCAGAUGAGCCUGUGCGUCCCAGAACCUACUGUGAGCAGCACAGAGACAGUGUAGAGACCACCAGUCCAGAGGGGUAUCCUAUAAUAGGAGUGUUCGCACCUCAGUGCGACUCAAACGGACAGUACACAUCUCAACAGUGCCACGGAUCAACUGGACACUGCUGGUGUGUGGACGGUGGGGGACAGGAGAGAGCAGGAACCAGGACUCCACCUGGUACACCACCUGUGGAUUGUGACAAACCAGAUGAACCAGAGCGUCCUAAAAGUCACUGUGAGCACCACAGAGACAGAGCUCAGGCUACCAGUCAAGUGGGUUAUCCUGUAGUUGGAGCUUAUGUGCCCCAAUGCGACCCUGAUGGACAAUACCUCCUGCUGCAGUGCCACAGCUCUAGUGGACAUUGUUGGUGUGUGGACAGUAGGGGACAGGAGAGAACAGGAACCAGGACUCCACCUGGUACACCACCCAAAGACUGUGACAAACCAGAUGAACCAGAGCGUCCUAAAACUCACUGUGAGCACCACAGAGACGGUGUGCAGACCACCGGUCCAGAGGGACGUCCUGUUGUUGGAGCCUACGUUCCUCAGUGUGAGGAUAACGGACAGUAUCUACCUCUACAGUGUCACGGUUCCACUGGACAUUGCUGGUGUGUAGACGACAGGGGACAGGAGAGAGCAGGAACCAGGACUCCACCUGGUAGACCAUCUGUAGACUGUGACAGACCAGGCCCUGUGGCUCCGACCCAGCGCCCUGAGAGCGUGUGCGAGCGAUGGCGGGCCAGCUUGAUCGAGCACUACGGCGGCAAGCCGGAGCCACAGCAGUACGUGCCGCAGUGCGAGUCGGACGGACAGUUCAGUCCAGUCCAGUGCUACGGAGAGACCACUUACUGCUGGUGCGUGGACCAGGACGGACGGGAGGUCCCCGGAACCCGAUCAAAUGACGUCGUCAAACCUGCGUGCCUUCCAUCAGUGGCCCCGCCCACCGUGCGUCCAUUGCCCCGCCCAGAUGUCACCCCUCCGCCAAAUGCUGAGAUCACGCUGCUGUACGCGCAGGGACAGAAAAUAGGAGCGUUGCCUCUCAACGGGACCAGCCUAGACGCAACCCGGUCCAAAACACUGCUGACCCUCCAUGGUUCCAUCGUUGUUGGUAUCGCCUACGACUGCAAAGAGAACCAGGUCUAUUGGACGGAUCUGUCCGCCAGAACGAUCAACAGGGCUUCAAUUGCGGCUGGUGCCGAGCCAGAGAUACUCGUUAACACGAAUCUGGUCAGUCCAGAGGGUCUGGCGGUGGACGUCAAACGCAGGUUGAUGUUCUGGGUUGACUCAAACCCGGACAUGAUCGAAAGCGCCAACCUGGACGGCAGUGGGAGGAAGACGCUGUUCGGCACAGACCUGGUCAACCCUCGAGCCAUCAUCGUGGUCUCUUCCACCAGUACUCUGUACUGGACGGAUUGGAACCGAGAGGCUCCGAAGAUCGAGAGUGCAUCGGUGGACGGACAGAACCGCAAGGUGGUAGUGUCUGACGGCAUCGGUUUGCCGAACGCUCUCACGUACGACUCUUCUUCUGGACAAGUCUGCUGGGCUGACGCAGGUACAAAGCGCUUAGAGUGCGUAUCCCCAGACGGUUCGGGCCGAAGAGUGGUCCACCCCAGCCUCAACUACCCGUUCAGCAUGGUCUACUACAGGAACCACUUCUACUACACUGACUGGAGGAGGGACGGAGUGAUCGCGGUGAGCAAAGACAGCGGCCAAAUCACUGACGAGUACCUGCCCGACCAGCGCUCUCAUCUGUACGGCAUCGCCAUAGCAACCACCCACUGUCACGUGUAA